UUUACUUUCAUUGUGUUUUGUGUUCUUUUUUUUUUUUUUUUUUUUCCCCCUUCAGUUUUUUUUUUUUCAUUAGUUGGCUUGUUAUUUGAUAAUGUACGUUGUGUUUCAGGGAAUAUAGAACAGCUGAAGAAAAUUGUGAAGCCUGAAUUUUUGUAAAGAUUCAAUCAGUGCAGUCGAUAUGACGCGAAUUUGGUCAUGAAACUAUGGAGGAGGGGAAAAGCUCGUCAGUGGAAAGUUUAGGUUUUUUUUGUUCCUGUGUGUGUGUGUGUGUGUGUGUGUGUGUGUGGCUAAUUCUCCCCCUAUUCCUGAACCAUCGAUGAUUCAGCACAGAAAGUCUUUAAUGUAUACAUACUCGGAAACACAUUUCACUUAAUCCAACUUCACUGCAGAAGAAAAAAACGCCUCCACCAACAUGUUCUUAUCCUGUGUGUGUGUGUGUGUGUGUGUGAGAUUUAUGCCAAGUACGUGACUAAAAGUUGCUUUCACUGGGUCACAAUGUUGACCUAAUCAAUCUGCCUUCCUGUCUGUUUUACACAGAAUUGAGUCACCUGUUCUUUUGGUUUAUUUAUUUCAAGGUCACGCGACCAUUUCCUUGCAAAAGUCUUCAUGUAGGCAAAAACGCCAUAAGCGGGGAACGAUUUCAGCGUAAUAUCCGGGUUCAGGUUAUUCUUCUUCAGAAACCGAAAUGUCAGUCAAGUGUCUCUCUCUGUGCUUCUUUUUAAGAUGGUGCUUAAAGUUGGUAUUCGAACGAGCCACAUCGAUGAUGUGCAGAACGGCCUGUUCGCUCCGUAGGUCCGCCGCAGCAGGAUGAAACCAAAUCAACCACACACACACACACACACACACACACACACACACACACACACACCGUCUCUCACAGAUAUUUCUUUCUACUGGCUAGGGGUGGCUGAUGUGACAAAAAUAUCAUAAUUCUCAAAGGCAUUUGUAUGAUGUAAGCUUCGUAUCACAACGUAUAGGUUUGUGGUUAUAGGUAAAAAAAAAAAAAAAUCACUUCUAUAACUCUUGUAACUAUUUCUUAUUAUUAGUAAUAACCUUUUUUAUUCUCCACAAACAUAUUGAUAAAUGGUUAUUUUUUGUAUAAAAAAAAUAUCGAAAAUAAAUUUAGAUAGAAAUUGAUCUGAAUCUAAAAUAUACUAAUAUUUAGUAAAAAAAAAAAAAAAAGGGGGAAAAAGAGAGAAUUUUCACACGUAUUUAACUAUUUACCUUUUUUGAAGAUUAACAUUUGAUCAUCAUUUAAUUAUUCAGUCCACACAAGAGGUUAUUUUUGUGAUGAUUGUGGCCAAAAUUUGAUUUUGCUGCAGCUUUUUUCAAAAAUUUUGCGAUGCAACUUGCAGCGAUUUUAUUUAUUUGUUUAUUUUAUUUUAUUUUUUUUGUGGAAAACUACUCGAAUCGGCGAGGUUGCAAUUGGACGAAAGAGUCUUGCGCUGUCUUUCGCAGUGAUGUCUGUCGGUACGCGAGCCCUUUUAGCUGUACUCACGUUCAACACGCGUGAAUCGAAAAGGGUUUCGGCUGAAUGCGCGUCGUCGUCACGUGACGUGACGACGACGCGGAUGACCCACAUCCGCGGUCAUUUAGAAAGAUUGAAAGCUCCUCCGGAUAGUGAGGAGUUUGCCUGACUUUCCGUUCAUUUCAGCAAAUUUCUGCCAUCAUGUAUUUAUAAAUCGUAAUAAAAAGAUAUCAUGAUGUUGGCAUGAUUAGGAAUAAUAAUACAAUUGUUUAUUAUUAAUGAUCGACUUAAUGAUGGUCUAGAAGAAGCCAGGAGGGGUCAGAUCAGACAGGAAUGAAAUGUACUUGCUGGAAAAGGGCAGCGGUAGCUCAGUGGUUAAGGUGUUGGUUGAAUGCUCAGAAGGUCCUGAGGUCAAACCCCUAGCACCGCCAAUCUGCCGUUGCUGGGCCCGUGAGCAAGGCCCUUAACCCUCAACUAAAUGUAAGUCACUCUGGAUAAGGGCGUCUGCCAAAUAGCAUUAAUGUAAUGUAAUGAAAAAGCUGAUUGAUGUUUAUUGACUAACGUAAAACGAAACUCGCACACGAUUCCCUUUGCGUCCUUGAGCACGGUUAUCUAGAUGACUUUAGCCCUAGGUCGAGUUUAACAGUCACGAACGCGCGAGCUGUGAAGUGUGGACGUGGCAGUAGGAAAAGACGUGUAUGAAGCGGAUGCUUGGCUGCAGUCGUUUCAGCAACAUCACACCAGAACAGCUGUUUUAUGUGCUCACCAGGCCAGCUGGGCGAUUUUCCACAUCCUGCACCUUCUGAGUGAGAUUGCUCAAUUAUGCAUGCCUUUCCGAGAUAAACCGAGAGGUCUUGCAGCUCUUGCGCGCUCGACUUUUCGGUAAACUAGCAAGGAAACAAGAAAGCGCGCCCCUUGUAAAAACAGCCCUGAGAAAUCCACGGCUUCAUGUUCCUGAGAGGAAAACCAGAACAAGCACACUACUGAGAGACAGGGACAGAUAAACACACAGCCUCGGCCUAUGGGGAGAGAGAGACACGCUCACCUGGCUCGGCAAUGGAUACACCUUGCUCUGCAGAUGUUUAAUGGCGUUUGAUCUGAAAUAGGUUCUCCUGUAGCAGAGGCAGUUCUGUCAGUGUUCCAUCGCUGUUCUUUGGGUGCCUCUGUACCCCAGCGUGUACUCACCGCUAUCGACAGCUGAGGUGCCACAGCUUGACACUUGUGAGAGAGUGUGAGGAAGUCCUCUCACUCCGAGAAAGAGAGAGAGAGUGUGUGUGUGUGUGUGUGUGUGUGUGUGCGUGGGUCUGUCAUCUGCUGGUAGGUGUCGUGCCCCUCCUCACCCCACACACAUCAAAGCUGGCGAUGUCCAGGGUCCCGAGUCCGCCCCCUCCCGCUGAGAUGACCAGCGGCCCUGUGGCCGAGAGCUGGUGUUACACACAGAUCAAAGUAGUGAAGUUCUCCUACAUGUGGACCAUCAACAACUUCAGCUUCUGUCGGGAGGAGAUGGGCGAGGUCAUCAAAAGCUCCACCUUCUCCUCGGGAGCAAACGACAAACUCAAAUGGUGUUUGCGGGUGAAUCCGAAAGGGUUGGAUGAGGAGAGUAAGGAUUACUUGUCCCUCUAUUUGCUCCUGGUAAGCUGUCCCAAGAGCGAAGUGCGUGCAAAGUUUAAGUUCUCCAUUCUCAACGCUAAGGGCGAGGAAACCAAAGCAAUGGAGAGUCAGCGGGCCUACAGAUUCGUGCAAGGCAAAGACUGGGGCUUCAAGAAGUUUAUAAGGCGGGACUUCCUACUGGAUGAGGCCAAUGGGCUGCUACCAGACGACAAACUGACACUCUUCUGUGAGGUGAGCGUGGUGCAGGACUCGGUGAACAUUUCUGGACAGAACACGAUGAACAUGGUGAAGGUUCCGGACUGCAGACUGGCUGACGAGCUGGGCGGCUUGUGGGAACAUUCGCGCUUCACAGACUGCUCACUCUGCGUCGCUGGCCAGGAGUUCCAGGCACACAAAGCCAUCCUAGCAGCUCGUUCUCCCGUUUUCAGCGCCAUGUUCGAGCAUGAAAUGGAGGAGAGCAAAAAGAACCGAGUGGAGAUUAACGACGUGGAGCCCGAAGUGUUCAAGGAGAUGAUGUGUUUUAUCUACACCGGAAAAGCACCUAACCUGGACAAGAUGGCUGACGACCUGCUUGCUGCUGCUGACAAGUAUGCUCUGGAGCGCUUGAAGGUGAUGUGCGAGGACGCUCUGUGUACGAGCCUGUCUGUGGAGAACGCUGCUGAGAUCCUGAUUCUGGCUGACCUGCACAGCGCCGAUCAGCUCAAAACCCAAGCCGUCGACUUUAUCAACUACCAUGCGUCAGAUGUGAUGGAGACGUCUGGUUGGAAGUCCAUGGUGGCGUCUCACCCUCACCUGGUUGCGGAGGCGUACCGUUCCCUGGCGUCGGCCCAGUGCCCCUUUCUGGGCCCACCCCGAAAGCGUCUCAAACAGUCAUAGUGCCCUUAGCUUUAACCCAUCCACCCGCCUUGCUAGGACUGCCCACACGGAGGCGCCAUUCUUAAAUUUACCCCUUAACUUCAAAAUAUACUCCCUGUAGGGACUCUAGCCAACCCUUGAUCCCGAGGUACUGUGUUCUGUAGCGUCCCUCUCUGUCCUCCUCAGCCCAAAAACCCAGGCGUGCCAGGGAACCUCCAGCUGAACGAUCAUCAACAGAGGAAGUGCUGUACCCGAGGGUUCCUCCCAGCUCUGCUCCCUCCUCGACGCUCCUCCCCAACCGCCCAGCCUAACCAGGAUAAGCGAGCUUUCAUUGGGAUCCUGGAGUCGAUGGUGUCUACAGAAUCGGAUAUUGAUGCAAGAUGGAUGUUGACUAUAAAUACAGGACACAAGGACUCUAUCAGUGGACUGUGACCUUCCCCACUGUCCCCCGCGAUGGAUUCUCCUUUACUGUGUGUGCCAUUUUGUUCCCUUUCUCAGUGACGGAUGGAUUUUAAGGAUGAGGAAAAACAACCCAGCUAUAGUUGGGUGAACUGCAGCGCUUUUUAAAUAGGUAGCUUGUCUCCUUAUGAUGACAUCAGCAUUUCGUUCUGACAUUCAAGUAGGUCAUGUGUCUCUUUUUGAUGACAUUUUCUCCUCAACCUGUCGCAAGUCUAAGAUCCUGAAGAAAGUGACUCUUUUUUUUUUUUUUUUUUUUUUUUACCAAACCUUUCUUGCUGGCGGCCUCUGACCUGACUCCUGAUUGGCCAGUUGGAGAAUAAGAGGUGCAGAUGGACUUCCGGUAUAUCUCCUGUGUAUUGGAGAGUGCAUGAUUGCACAGAUCGAUGGAAGAGGGUUGAAAGAAGGGGAGUGUGUAAAUACAAUGUUAUAUUUCUUUUGAUGUUUAUUUGAGAUUUUUCUCCUCCUUGUAGCACUUC